UGUCAACAGCGUGAGGCAUUUUGUUUUGCUAAGCAAUUACAUUAAAUACAGUUCUUUUACUUUUUAAAAGAGGUCAGCCCUUCUUAACCAAAAGUUUUCUCCCCUCGAAGGAACGAGUCGAGAGGACCGGGGGGCGGGGGGAAGAGAGAGAGAGUUGAGGAAAGCUUUGAACAGAGUCCCGGGAGUUGGGCAACUCCUCCAACCCUACUUUUUCAGUCCCCGCCGACCCCCCUGCGCCCCACGGGACUGCCCCCGGGCCCAUCCAGCCUCCAGCCGCGUGCCUUGCUGGCUCACCUCGGCGUCCCCUCCUCGCCACGGAGCGACAGCUGCCCUGCAGACUCACGGAAGAAACAAAGACUGGAAGAGGCCAACGGAAACAGGCGAAAACAUCGUUGAAUCACAUUUCGGUUAUUGAAAAGCAAGGAGGGAGGGCCGAGCGAAGCCGGACUCGGGACUUACCGCAGCGUCGCUUAGCCAGGCGGCCCUGUACUCAGCUGCCGGACCUGCCCAGCCCCAGCCCCAGCCCGGGGCCGGCCUCCGCCGCGCCGCGCCCCGCCCGGGAACCGCAGAUCCGGCUAGUCGUGCCCUCCCGCCCCGUCCAGGCUCCGCUCCGGAAAGCGGCGGCCCAAAGGCAGCGCCCCGCUGGGUGCCCCCGCCUGAGCCCAGGCUCCCCUAAGGUCGUGGAAAAGCAGCCCCAUCAGGAGAGCUGAUGCGAGACGGAGGGGAUGGAGGGGAAGGGCUCCCUCGCAUUCAGACGGCCGCACGUGCGUCGGAAAGGUGUGACAAGAAGGGCCCGAGUCCAGCGCUCCCGAACACCCCGUAGGCUUGUUUGCUGAUGUUCCCAUCACCUCUCGCUCUACAUUUACGGGACACACCCAUGGUUACUUCACCGGAUAAUGGCAGGAAAAGUAAAGUGGGUGACUGACAUAGAGAAAUCUGUGCUAAUAAACAAUUUUGAAAAGCGAGGAUGGAUCCCAGUGUCUGAAAAUGAAGACUGGAACUUCUACUGGAUGAGUGUGCAAACUAUUCGAAAUGUUUUCAGUGUAGAAACUGGUUAUCGUCUCUCUGAUGACCAGAUUGUCAACCAUUUUCCUAACCACUACGAGCUUACCCGGAAGGACUUAAUGGUGAAAAAUAUUAAAAGGUACAGAAAAGAACUGGAAAAAGAAGGUAGUCCUCUUGCAGAGAAAGAUGAAAAUGGAAAAUAUCUUUAUUUAGACUUUGUUCCUGUUACCUUUAUGCUUCCAGCUGAUUAUAACUUAUUUGUUGAAGAAUUCAGAAAAAACCCUUCCAGUACAUGGAUUAUGAAGCCUUGUGGAAAAGCUCAAGGGAAAGGAAUUUUUCUCAUCAAUAAGCUUUCCCAAAUUAAAAAGUGGUCUCGAGACAGCAAAACUUCUACGUUUGUAUCUCAGUCCUCUAAAGAAGCAUAUGUGAUUUCCCUGUAUAUAAGUAAUCCACUUCUGAUUGGUGGGAAGAAAUUUGACCUACGCUUAUAUGUAUUAGUAUCUACUUACCGUCCUUUGAGGUGCUAUAUGUAUAAACUUGGGUUUUGUCGAUUUUGCACAGUAAAAUAUACCCCUAGUACAAGUGAAUUGGACAACAUGUUCGUCCAUCUUACAAAUGUUGCCAUUCAGAAACAUGGGGAUGAUUAUAACCACAUCCAUGGUGGCAAAUGGACAGUCAACAAUUUGCGUUUAUAUCUAGAAAGCACUCGAGGGAAAGAUGUCACUAACAAGCUGUUUGAUGAAAUACAUUGGAUAAUUGUACAGUCAUUGAAAGCAGUUGCACCUGUGAUGAACAAUGAUAAACAUUGCUUUGAAUGCUAUGGAUAUGACAUCAUCAUUGAUGACAAGCUUAAGCCAUGGCUUAUUGAGGUUAAUGCUUCUCCAUCUCUUACUUCCAGUACUGCAAAUGACCGUAUACUCAAAUACAAUCUGAUAAAUGACACACUUAAUAUUGCUGUGCCCAAUGGAGAAAUUCCUGAUUGUAAAUGGAAUAAACCACCCCCCAAAGAAGCUCUUGGAAAUUAUGAAAUUUUAUAUGAUGAAGAGAUGGCACAAAGCGAAAUGUCAGAACGGGAUUUGCGAAGUCGCUCUGGACAGUCUGUUGGAUUUAAAGGAAACCGAGCCAGAGAUCCUGGAAAAGCAGGGUCCCUUACUUGGAAGUAGCUGAAGAAUAAACUGUAAAUUGACGUUUUCUGAUAUUCUGGGUGGUGAUAUAGUUGGAUAUAUUUUAUUUUAUUUAUUUAUUUGCUUAGUACUAGUCCAGCAAAAAGAAUAUUGCUCAAGGAUGAGAGGAUGGAAGCAUGUGAAUAUAUUUCAAGUUUAUCAUUAGAUUCACUGCAGUUUUACUGCAUGCUUAUUAUUAUGCAGGACUAUUAUGCUGCCUGUUGUAUUGGACAAAUGUAAUAAGUUAAUGCAAACAAAAUUGCAUUUUAAUAAAACAACUCAUUUCCAAGGCACCCUACUUUCUUUAAAGUAGCAACUGCUAUCUUGAGCAUUGCAACAGAAAUAUGCAUACCAAGAUUAGUGUUUUGUAUCUUUUUUUUGAAUUGUUCUAGAAUUCUAAGGCACACUGUUCAAAGCAUAUGUAUUUCCCUUUUGCAAGCUAAUGUUAGUGUAUUAGGAAAUUCUAUUUCUUUAUAUUGCAUGCUGUUGUUUGCUUCAAAAUUUAAGUAUAAAUAAAAGAAAAAAUAAUAUGUUUUGAUUGAAAA